AUGUCAGACGCAGAGCCUCUCGUGCAUCCUCAAUCUCUUCAAUUACAUCAUAGCCUUCAUCCACACAACCUGAAUCAUGGAUUAAGUCACGCACAACAUGCCAUGCAUGAGAUGCAUGUGCACGGCCAUGGCGAAGCAGACGGACACGGCCAUGUUAGGGUCGACCAACGAGUCCAGGGUCACUUGGAGGGCGACCAUGCCCACGGUAAUCAUGGCCAUCACGGGCACGGGAUGCACAAUAACGAGGAAAAUGAAGCUGAAGUGGAAGAUCAUGACGAUGAUGCCGCAGACGAGGAAGGUCUGGAUGAGGCUAACAUGCAUUCUGAUGGCGGUGGCAACCCGAAUGAUGGCCCUGCUCCCCUGACUGUGCGCACUCAGAGUUCCACCCAGCUCACCUUAUCUUAUCAGGGUGAAGUAUAUGUGUUCGAUGCCGUGCCUCCUGAGAAGGUCCAGGCUGUGCUGCUUUUAUUGGGCGGCCGCGAGAUACCUCCGGGCAUGUCAGGCGUCAACAUAUCCAAUAACCAUCAUCAUCACAAGGGGCUGACGGAUUUACCAGCUCGAAUGAACAUGCCACAAAGGUUAGCAUCUUUGACAAGAUUUCGGGAGAAGCGCAAAGAGCGGUGUUAUGAUAAGAAGAUUCGGUACACUGUUCGGAAAGAAGUUGCUCAAAGGAUGCAGCGCAAGAAAGGCCAGUUUGCAUCUUCGAGGCCAAGUCAAGAAGAGGGUGCACCUGUUGCUAAUUGGGAUGGUACCCAAGCCCUUGGACAGCCUGUAGGGGCCGGGGGAGUUCAACCAGAAGUCAUUUGUGUACAUUGUGGAAUUGGGGAGCGGUCCACUCCAAUGAUGCGACGAGGACCUGCUGGGCCUCGCACACUAUGCAACGCGUGUGGUCUUAUGUGGGCUAAUAAGGGCGUAUUGAGAGAUCUGUCCAAGAACCUUUCAAUUGCCCCUGGAGUGCAGCAGCAACUUAUACUACAGUCACAACAAGGUACAGAUCAUUCUGCAGCAACUGCAGCACCAGGUAGCGGGCUCGCAGCAUAGUGCAGAAAACACUUCACAAGUGGUGGAUGUACAGGGAAGCCUACAGGGGGAAGUGGACGUACAGAAAAACAUUGCAGGCAUAGUAGCAGCCGGUGGUGGUCCCGUUCUUGCGGCUGGAUAGCCCUCACAUGUUUGCCAUGCACUUCGAACAUCCAUCCUCAUCCAUUGAUUGUAUUUAUAUAUAUUUUUGGGUUUUGUUGCUGUCCUUCGAAGUCUCAUGAAAGCCUACAUGGGAAGCUUGAUAAUGCAGCUGAUGGUGCGUCCCUAAUAUACAGAAGGUUUGUGAGACUGCUGACAAUGUUGUGCCUAUCCUAUGUGGAAAUUGCUUUGAAAAAUAUAGUGCUCCUGGUUCCACUCCAAACGCUGGUACGAAGGUACAAUGUAUAUGGACAAGGGGUUGAUGAGGCUGAGCUGGGAUUGUUUGGGUUUUGCGUUGCCAUCCAUCAACCUACACUUUCACAGUCGUAUGUUUAAUUUUUUAUUAAAAUGAGGGGAUGUUACUUGCCUUGGGACUCCCCAGUGUUUCAGAACAUCUCUCUAUUGGAGUAUUGCGCACUUGCAUGAUUGUUUCUGUUUAUUGUUUCUUUGUCUUUAUCUCUGUUUAUUUUUGCCUCACUAAUUGAUUUCUACAUCUGAGGUUUCUGUAAUCUAGAAGCACUCCAUGGUAAUGGCUAGAGAUUUUUAUCGAUAUUGUUUCACAAAACUUCAAUGGAACCAAGGUAUAAUAUGUCUACUCUCUUACUUUGGUGUCCACAUGGUCAGACUCUCAUUAUGUUUCACUUUUGUAGAUAUCACAGGACAGGGUUAUGUCUCAAGACUUGUGCAAGAAGACUUUGCUGGAUCAGUUUUGGCUUCACUUGCAAUUGCCGGACAGCCUCAAAUAUCGUUUAUAAUCAGAAACACUAGGUUUAAAUUUUGAUUUCCUGUGAGGUCACCUUUUGGUACACAAAUAGAUGCAGAAGAAGCAAAAAAUAUUAUGUGAAAAGAAUGAAGCUGGAUCCAACAAGAGUAACAUGGAUCAGGUUGGGACUAUGGGGAGAGAGCAAGAGUUGGACUAAUGACUGAUUGAACAAAAGCUUUUGGGUAGGUCAUCCAAGAGAUCUUCUGGAUCAUAUUCAAGGUUCUAAGAGGUUGCUACACAACUUAGCAUUAAUGUAAUACAACUUUUAAAAAUUGAAGUUCUUACAUGUAUACCCUCACUCAUACACUGCAAGACUAUGAGUGAGGAUAUCCAUGUAUUUGUAGAA